UACUCUCACAAACCAAUCGUCUCUACGUUCAUCUGUUCUCGAAAUACCCGAGAGCCAAUGAACUGGGGCUGGGGGAAGGACGAGGGACCAGCUGGACUGAGGAGAAGUGGAUAUGCCCUGGGGAUUCUCUCUGCUUGCCAAGCUGCUGCAGGGCCGGUAACCCUUAGCUUUUUUGCGCGCACUGGACUCGCCAGCCGCGCUGGUUCCGGCGUCAAGUCUCUCUGGUGCUGUUGUCAAAAUGGUGAUCAAAGUGUUUGUGGCAACGUCCUCGGGGUCGACGGCGAUUAAAAAAAAGCAACAAGAAGUAGUAGGCUUUUUAGAGGCCAACAAAAUUGAUUUUAAGGAAAUGGACAUAGCCUGUGAUGAAGACAACCGGAAAUGGAUGAGAGAAAAUGUUCCAGGUGAAAAGAAGCCGCAGAAUGGAAUCCCUCUCCCUCCCCAGAUAUUCAAUGAGGAACAGUAUUGUGGGGAUUUUGAUUCAUUUUUCUGUGCAAAAGAAGAAAAUUAUAUUUAUUCAUUCCUAGGACUUGCUCCUCCACCAGGCUCAAUGGUAUGAAUUUAUCUUAUGGAU